AUGGCAGUUCAUCAGUCGGUUCCUUUGCAAGGCAAGCUAAGUCAACAAUUGAAAUCUAAUGAUGAGGAAGGAGUCAAUUACCCUGGGUCUAUUUCUACUCAACAACAACCACAACUACACAAUCCAGAGGCAGAGCAACUACAGCAACAGAAACAAACACACCAAGAUGGUUCGUCUACGCUAUCCCGAUCCCAGUUAAUCCAACAUGAGCAACAGCAAAGAUUGGACCAUGCAUCAAGCACCAAUAGCAAUUUACGCAAAAUAAGUCAUCCACCAGUACUACGAAUCAUCCCACCACUCAAUUUCUGCCCCGUUGAAAAACAGUUAUACCGGUCAGGACAGCCCUCCAUCAUAAACCAACUGUUUUUGAAUCAACUAAAUUUGAAAACCAUUUUGUGGCUAGCAUCAGAAGAACCAAACGACGAUUUCCUAGAUUAUUGUACAUCACAAUCAGUCAACAUCGAGUACGUGGGAAUGUUGAAUGAAAUUGAAUUCGAUCUUCAACAACAACUCCAACCAAAUAUUAACCCAUGGGAUUCGUUAACUGAACCAAUAAUCACUAAAGCAUUGGAACUUAUUGUUGAUAAACUGAACUAUCCUAUGUUGGUAUGUUGUGGAAUGGGGAGACAUCGGACUGGAACUAUUGUUGGAUGUUUGAGGAGACUACAAGGUUGGAAUUUGGCUAGUGUUAGUGAAGAGUAUCGAAGGUUUACUGGAGCUAGAGGCGGAAGGAUUCUUGUGGAGUUGUUGAUCGAAGAGUUUGAUGUGCUGCUGGUUGAUAUAGAUCCGCAAAAAGCGCCCAGUUGGUUAAAAAUUAGCUAA